AUGGUCCACGUGCACGUGCGCUUCAUCCUGGCCGCCGCGCUCGCUGCAACCGCAGUAGCAGACGGCCAGACCGUCGCCUGCGUGACGGGCGCGACGGGCUUCCUCGGCCAGGAGCUCGUCGCCCAGCUCCUCGAGAAGGGCUACGCCGUGCGCGGCACCGUGCGCUCCGCCACCGGCAAGAACGCGAAGCGUCUGACGGACAUGGCAGCAGACCUCUUCAAAGGCAAAUUCUUGACGCUCGUCGAGGCGGACCUCCUCGGCGGCGAGGCGGGCUUCGCGCCCUGCGUCGCCGGCGCCGACGUGCUCUUCCAUACGGCGUCGCCGUUC